AUGGCUGCACCUAAAGAUUACAACUGGCAGCAGGUAAAGCCUGGAGUAUGGCAACGUCCUAUCGAUGAGAUUGAACAGUUCUACUCAUCAUUGGUUGUUCUCUAUGAAGGAAGCGGCCGUAUGUUCUUUGGAAUCACCGGACACAUCUCACUGUCCAUCCAAAGCCCCAAAGAUGUAUCGUCAGAAGAUGCUGAACGCCAUGUUGACGAAGCUUUACGCAAAGCAUGGCUCGCGUUAAGAUAUGAUCACCCUACACUUGCAUCCCAAGCAACUCAAGACCCUGAGACGGGAGAAUGGGUCAAAACAUACAAACAUCUCGAUGGAAAUGCUGACAAGAAUGAUUGGGUUGACAAGACUCUUGUUCACAUCUCCAAUGGUCAGACUGGAAACGAAUGGGCAAACUCGGAUCCUCCAGCCCCGAAAGUCCCUACAAUAUUUGUUCUUCAUCGCCCCAACGAAGAAAAGGAUGGCUCCCAAAUUAUCCGUCGAGAUCUCGUCUUGCGCUCUCCGCAUGACAUCCUCGACGGCAUCGGAACGCUUAUGCUACUCAACAACUUUAUCGCUCUGGCCGCAGACGCUUACGAAAAGGGAGAUACCUACAAUCCCCCAGCUCUGGACGGAAGUGAGGCUUCAAACUUGAGUCCUUCCUAUCGCAUCGCCGCCAAUAUUCCAGACAAACUGCCAGAGGCUCAGAUGAUUAGACUGGAUGCAAUGGCCGUUCAAAAAGCCGCAGUAGCUUCUGAUCCCAGCGUUGAAGUCCUUGCACUUCCUUUUCGAAAAGGAGAAGUUGUACCAGGUCGUCAUCAACGCGUUUCACUCUCGUUUACUGAGAAAGAAACUCAACAGCUGUUAGCUGCUUGCAAGAACGUCAAAGCAACCCCAACACACGCCUUCCAUGCAGCUGCGGCUAUCGUCGUACGCGAUCUCCAACAUAAGCCGGCUGAGACAAAGAAAGUUCGGUAUAUCAACUACAUCUUACGAAACGAGCGACCAAAUUGCUCUGAUCCAUAUAACUCUAUGAAGCAUCCAGCUGCUGUUUAUCAUUCUGUGUCUGGUCAGAGUCUUGUGGUAGACAUGGAUCUUCACCCAUCAAACCACCAGCCUGACACCAACGAGUUUCACAAAGUCUUGGACACUAUAAAAGACUUUUAUCUCACCGUCAAACAAGACAAAGACUUCUAUAUCCUCGCACCAACAAUGUUCUCCCAGGCCACUCCAGAGAUACUUUCGUCUCCCCGUCCACUCCCCAUUCCACCUCCCAAAGCUCACCCAUCAGUAUCCAUCUCGAGCAUGGGACGUGUGGAGGGUAUGAUAGCACCCGAGACAAAGGCCUUCAGUGCUCGAGAUCCGUGGGUAACUGGGGAAGAACUUGGGAAUGGACUGGGGUUGUUUUUGGGUACGUUUCGUGGCGAGCUGUGUUUGAGUGCUGCGUAUAAUGAUGCGUGGCAUACGGAGGGGGAUGUUAGGGCGUAUUUAGAGCGUUGUAAAGAUGUGGUUUUCCUUGGGCUUGGAUUGAAGGCGUGGGCAAAUCGUGCAGGAAUAGUACAUUCGUUUCGAGGGGCAGAUGUGACUAUUCAGACAGUUCUCUGUGGAAUGUAA